AUGUCUCGCAGGACACAUAAGAAAUCUCGCAAUGGUUGUAUUGAAUGUAAGCGUCGGCACAUCAAGUGUGACGAGCGAUGGCCCGUCUGCUCCAAUUGCCUCUCGUCCGAACGGCAAUGCGACUUCGUGGGCCUUCCACUCCCUGAAGGAUCCUCACCAAGUACCAGCCACGAAUUUACUUCACCUUCUCCUGCUACGAAUUCCCCCGCGCAAAAUUCAACACCGCAUCUGACUGGCUUCUCUGAUGAUGCUCCAGUCAAUAUGCUCCAUGUGGAACUCUUCUACCAUAUCGUGUUGGAAAGCACCAAUUGGAUCGAUACUCCAGACCUCAUCUCUGAAGUCUCAUUCCCAGACCUGCUUAGAGGAGGGAUGAAUGCGCCUUAUCUCAUGAAUGCACUUCUAGCCUUUAGUGCUUUGCAUCUCAGUAUCGUCAAGCCAGAGCGUCGGGAUUUCUAUCGGCAUCAUGCUUCCCAGCUUCAGACUUAUGCACUGAACAGCUUCAACAGACUUCCCCCUCAGAUUGAUGAGGACACAUGCAUUCCAGCCUUUUUAUUCGCCGCAGUUUUGGGACUAUAUCUCCUUUGUGAUACGUUGGUAUUCCGUGAAGGAAAUUUUGAGGUAUUUCUCGAUCGCUUCGUGCAAUAUGUGUCGCUACAUCAGGGGGUCCGAACAAUCGCUGCAGACGGGAGAUGGGACAUACUGCAACAGACAGCGUUGAAACCAUUCUUAAAGUUGAACAUGCAGAUUCUUCUGAUGCAUGUAGAUUUCGGACCUAUUUGCAAGACGUUGAUUGAACGUAUCCAAGCUUCAGAAACGAACGAAGCCAGACUACAAAUUUAUCGGGAGGCUGUCCAUGCGCUACAGUCUGUGAUGACAGCUAUUGAUACGGGAAGUUCACGGAACGGGGGUAUUGGUGCACUUGUCGCGUGGCCGGUUCUUGUCCCGCGAGAAUAUGUUAAAUUGGUGGCAGCUCGGCAAGGCGAAGCACUUGUGAUCCUGGCGCACUACGGCGCACUGAUCCAUCCUUCCCGUGAGAAGUGGAUGUUUCAAGACGGAGGAGAGUUUCUGAUCAAAUCUGUUCGGCAGUACCUUGGGCCUUCCUGGCAAGAAUGGCUAGGUUGGCCACUCGGAAUGUUGGCCGAGACGAAUUCCCUGUGA